AUGGAGCCUCUGUCGAGCAAGCUCGCCUUCAAUUACCGCGUCGAUUCCGACGCCGACUCCCUCGCCAAUUACCGUGCCGAGGUAGAAGGCUUCCAACGAUGGAGUCGAGAGCGAGGUCGCAUGCCUAGAUCCGACGAUAGACUACGAGAGCUUGAAUGGGGCGACCUCAACAUUCUGCACUCGACUGACAUACACGGCUGGUUCGCCGCACAUCGUAAGCUGUCGCCGCCAGAGCCCAAUUAUUCGGGUGACUGGGGUGACUGGGCGUCUUUCGCGUCCAAGAUGAGGUCCAAGGCACGUUUGGAAGGUCGAGACCUCUUGCUUAUCGACACAGGAGACCUGCAUGAUGGCAACGGCAUCUCUGAUGGCUUCCCUCCUUACAACAAAGACGAGCCAGGUGGCAAAGAAGCUGUCGAGGGGCACGUCAGCAAUCAGAUCUUCGCCAUGAUCGACUACGAUCUGCUCACAAUCGGUAACCAUGAGCUCUACAACUACACGGUAGCCAAGGAUGUAUACCAGAACUUCGUGCCGCAAUGGGGAGGCAGGUACAUGACCAGCAAUGUCAAGAUCGCUCUACCCGGUCCGGAUGCUCCUAAUGCCAGCUACGCACCCAUCGGCUCUCUCUUCAACACCCUGGUCACGCCAGUGCAGGGGCUAAAGAUCAUGUCGUACGGCAUCCUCUUCGACUUCAAGCUUGCCGCUAAAGGCAUUGUUGUGCAAUCGCCGCAGGACAUGGUCGAAGAAGACUGGUUCCAGCAGAGCCUCGAUCGAGCCGCAAAGUGGGGCGUCGACGCCUUUGUCGUCCUUGGCCACAUGCCCGUCUCGGGCGACCCCGGUUGGGAGGCUGUGAGGACCAAGAUCCGCUCACGAUUCCCCGACACACCCAUCGCCAUCCUGGGCGGGCAUACGCACGUGCGCGACUGCAGAAUGAUGGAUGGUCAGACCAUGGCGUUGGAGAGCGGCCGUUACAUGGAGACCAUCGGAUUCAUGGGUAUCAAGGAUCUCCAGAAGCGCAAGCGGGCAGGCAAUCGCGGCAAGGUCAAGUUCACCCGGCGAUACAUUGAUUCAAACCCCAGGAACUUUGCCCAUCAUUUGAAGCUGGCAGACACACGUGAGCUUGCGACCAAGAAGGGCAGCUUCAUUCGCUUUAUCAUGGACGCCAUCUCUGAAGCGUGGAAUCUCUCGCGCUUGCACGGAGUUGUGCCGCAAGAUUAUUUCCUCGAUCGCGUGCCGUACGGCGACAACUCGAGCCUGCUGAGCCUCUUGGCUGAUCAAGUGCUGCCCAAGGUGGUGCGGCCGUCGGAAAAGUCUCGACAGGACAAGAAGAGCCUUGUGCUCAUCAACAGCGGAUCACAACGAUUCGAUGUCUACUCGGGUCCUUUCACCCGCAACGACCAGUACAUCGUGUCGCCGUUUAAGGAUCGUUUUCUUUACAUGGCUGAUGUUCCGUGGGGCAUUGCCAAAAGUCUCCUACACGGACUUCAGACUCGUACAUUCAAAAGAGGAGCCGUCCUCGAGGUGAUGCAAGGUGGCACUCAAUACUCGGACGGCGAUGCACUGUUGCGAUACGGCAGCGGAUUUGUGGAAGACAUCUUCGUACGAUGGCAAAAGUCGCAGUGGUUCAAGUUCUUGCAAGCAGAGCAGGCUGAUCGGCAAAGAGCGGCUGCAGAAGCCGACGGCGGUGCCGGAAACCACACCCACGCGACUCUCAAGAGCGUGGAAGAGCUUGAGGCGGAAGAAGACGAAGAGCUGCUCAAGUUCUUCCACAAGUACGAUUCGCUCGAUAAACCCUCGUUGGGCUACCGCACGAUUGACCAGUGUGCCGGACCUGGCGACGACACGGUGCACUCUCCGGUGCCGUUCAAUCCCAAUCAGCCGGAAUACGUCGCAUCAAAUCCUGAUCCGCUACCCGAAUCGGACGAGGAAGUGGUGGACGUUGUCUUCGUUGACUUUAUGCGAAAGCUCAUGGUCGAAUUGCUCAAUCAGUAUGAUUUACAGCGCAACGGAAGCGGUACGUACCACAUCGACCAAUUGCAACGAUGGGGUGAUAUCACGACGCAACUGCUCUAUCCGAGAUUUGCCGAGCUAGAAUGGCAACCCGCCGAAGGUGCAGUCAAGGCGGUCAAUGCGCAGGCUAGAAGAGCGGGAAAGAUGGGGUAUGCACCGCUGGCGAACGAACCCGACUAUGAUUACGAAGAGCAGCAGCAGCAGCAGCAGCGGCGGCACGGAUCGGUUCAGAAGAUGAGUCCAGCGUCCACUAUAGAAGGGAGCGCUUCCACCAGCUCAUCGAGGACGUCACGGUCAUCCAGAGACGAAACGCAGCCGUCUGAAACGCAGCCGUCUACGAACACACACUUCACCAAAUAG